AUGAACGAACCCGAGACGGCCGUGGCGGCCUAUGCCGCCCUCACGAAGACGGAGCGCGCAGCCGAGCCGGGCAAGCGAGCGCUGGCCAAGAUGUGGGCCCUUCUCGCGGAGCCAGACCACUGGGCAGUCGCGCAAAAGUCCCUCGCUCACGCGCAAGGCUUCCCAAUGGCCCAGAAGACCAGCGGGCCGGUCGUGUACACCAACAUCCCGCACCGGAACCAGUGCGCGACCAUCCUCAUGGCGAUCGCGGGCACGGCGUGGCAAACAGCGUUCCCGAGAAAAACGGCCGAGGACGCUUACGUCGAGUUUGACUGCCGCUCGACGGCCUUUAUCGCACGGAAGGCACGGACGGACGCCGGUCUACAACGGGGCCCCCAAGACGACGACCUCGAGGCGUUUGUGCCGAGCCCAACGACCAUGGCGAUGAUGACGAUGGCCGACCAGCACAAGUCGUGGAUGAGCUCGGCCGAAGUCUUGCGCACGUUCGAACGGAUGCAACUGAAGGAGCACGAGCGCAAGACCGAGACGCCAACGCCGCAGCCGGUGCCCGAGCCGCCGACGCCGCAGCUGCUGCCCGCGCCCAAGGAAGGUGCGCCACUGACGCCACCCGAAGCUGGCGACCCGGAGUGGGCGGUCACGUUACGGUCGAUUAGCCGUGCUCUGGAAGGACUCGUGGCACGAGCCGAGAACCCCCCACCCGUCCAAAAGACCACGAGCCCGACAAGCCCCAAGUCCAGCCUUGCAGCCUUUCGUCUCUCGAAGGUGCCGACGUUCAUCCACAAGGAAGACGACAAACUCGCCCCUGCCGUUCACGUCCGGAGCGUCGAAGGCAUGGCUCUCCAUGGUCAUGGCUCGGUGGCCAUGCGCGUGACGAUGUUUAUCGACGCACUCGGCUCGAAGGAGCGUGCGUGGGUGUUCCACCUCAUGAGCACGAAGAAGUUCGUCCCAGCGACGAUGACCGAGAAGAACUGGGGCACACUCGUCGACGCGUUCUACACGGAGUACAUCGGUGACAAGACGUACCGCGAGUCCAUGUACGAGAAGGUCACGCAAAAGGACAACGAGCGCUUCACCGAGUACGUCAUGCGGGUGGCGCUAUGGGCCGCCGUGGCCGGCCAACAAACGGACGAAGAGCGCAAGAUGCGGAUCGUGGUACAAGGCGUGGUUGAUCGACAGCUCCACGCUGCACUGUGGCAGAUCAGCGAGGACUCGUUGUCGUGGGACGAGUUCGAGCACAAGGCCAAGCGGCUGAUGGCGUCAGCCGACGCGCAUGCACGAAAGGCCAAGAAUACGCGGUCCAAGUCGUAUCGCGUCGCCCAGGCGACCGUACCGACCGAUGAGAACCUCCAGGUCACCGCCGCGCGGACUGGUGGGCCCCCGUCGCACGGUAACCAGAUGCCGGCAGCGACACCCGCGCCAUCGCCCGCGCCGUCCACUCCCGGUCGCACGGGGCAGGGCUGUCACGUGUGUGGCGAACCCGGACAUUACCGCCAAAACUGCCCACAAGCCCAGCACCUCGCGUCGUGUGAUUUUCACGGGGCGCACAUUGGACACACGUCGGAUGAUUGCUACGUCCUCAAGAACGCGCGUCGGUAUGCCGAGACCAUGACGCGGGCCCAGACGGCGCAGUCCACGGACGACAUGGCCGGCACGUCAUCCCCGGAAGCCACUACCCCGACGCCGACGCCGGUUUUUCGGGAAGACCGCGCCUAA